UCACGGUGGUGAGGUGAAAUCGUCCUGGUUUCAACUAUUCACCCGCUUCCUGCGAGGUCACGAGCAGAUCCAUUGCGGUCUUCAAGAUGGCAGAAGCGCCAAUGCCUCGAAAACUUUGGGAUCCACCAAAUCCCAAGGCCACAUUGGCUUACAGGUUCAUGCAAGAGAUCAACCGUAAGCGUGAAACAAAGCUCGAGACUUGGAAUGACCUGCAUACUUGGAGUGUAGAGAAUCGCGGUGCUUUCUGGGAAGAAGUCUUGCUUCAGCACCCAUUGAUCUAUUCUGGGUCGUACGAGAAGGCGGUUGACGAGAAUGCUCGAAUGGAUAGUGUGCCGCCAUGGUUCGACGGGCUUCAGGUGAACUUCGCCGAGAACUCCUUACUAUGGCCAGAUGAGCAUGAUACGAGCAAGUCAACAACGUUCAGAAAGGAAGACCACAAGAUAGCAUGUACGGAAGUACGUGAAGGGGCUUCUGAGAUCCGACCAUGUACCUGGAAAGAGCUUCGGGAGCGGACUGCCCACCUUUCCAAUGCUAUGCGAGCUAGAGGGGUGAAGAAAGGUGAUCGUGUGGCGAUUGUGGCAUCAAACAGUCUCGAUACGUUGGUUGUGUUUUAUGCCGUGACUUCGCUUGGCGGCAUUUUCUCGAGUUCUUCGACUGACAUGGGAACGAAAGGCAUUCUGGAUCGCCUUCGCCAAAUCAAGCCCAAGUAUGUCUUUGUUGAUGACUGGGCACUCUACAAUGGCAAGACCUUUGAUUUGAGAGACAAGAUGAAUGACAUUGUCGCUGGGAUGGAAGGCGUCUCAGAGUUGCAAGGUCUUGUGAGCAUGCCAAGGACACAAGGCAAGCCCAUGGAUGUGUCUGCGGUGAAAAGAUGCGAGACACUAUCGUCCUUUCUCAAGGCUGCUAGGGGAGAUAAGACUCUCCGGUUUGAUCGCGUUGGUUUCAACGAUCCAUUCCUGGUUGUCUACUCUUCAGGAACAACCGGGAUGCCGAAAUGCAUUACUCACAAUGUGGGCGGGGUGCUCCUGAGCGCUCGGAAAGAAGGCAACCUCCAUCAAGACUCCUCACUAUACGAUCCAGUCGUACUCCAAUAUACAACCACCGGAUGGAUCAUGUUCUUAAGUUCCCCCCUUUCGCACAUCAAGGGUGCACAGGUGAUCCUCUACGACGGCUCGCCAUUCCAACCAGAUUUGAAGAUCUUCCUCAAGUUGGCCCAGGAUCUCGGCGUGACUGAUCUUGGGAUUUCUCCAAGAUACAUGCAGACCCUCGCAACAGCAAAACCCCCAGUCUUACCCCGACAGCAUUUCGAUCUGAGUAAGCUACGUCGAGUGCUCACUACCGGCAUGGUCCUAUCCGAAGCACAAUUCGAAUGGUUCUACGAUCACGCCUUCCCUCCUCACGUCCAACUCGACAACGUCUCUGGUGGCACAGACCUCGCCGCGUGUCUGGCUAUGGGGAAUACUAUGCAACCAGUCUAUUGCGGUGGCUGCGCAGGACCAGCACUUGGGAUGAAAGUCGAAGCUUAUGAUUCGACCAUCGAGGGUGGUCCUGGCGUCAAAGGUCGUGCUCUGCCACCUGGUGAAGCAGGAGAGUUGGUUUGCACCCGUGGCUUUCCAACACAACCCAUCAAGUUCUGGGACGACCCGGAUGGAAGUAAGUAUUUCAAUGCCUACUUUGCCAAGUAUGAUAAUGUGUGGUGUCACGGAGACUUUAUCUCUUUCCACCCAAAAACUGGCGGUGUCUGGCUUCAUGGGCGAGCAGAUGGAGUGCUCAAUCCUAGUGGUGUGAGAUUCGGAAGUGCUGAGAUCUACAAUGUGAUUGACAUCCACUUCAACGAAGAGAUACAGGACAGCAUAUGCGUGGGACAACGACGACCGCAAGAUAUGGACGAAAGUGUCAUGCUUUUCCUGUUGAUGAAACCGGGGAAGAAGUUCACGAGUGAGCUUGUAAAGAAGGUUAAGGAUGCCAUUGCUAGAGAUUGUGGAAAAAGAUGUGUGCCGAAGUAUGUCUUCGAAACGCCAGAGAUUCCGACAACGAUAAACCUGAAAAAGGUCGAACUCCCCGUCAAACAGAUCGUCUCCGGCAAAACCAUCAAGCCCAGCGACACCCUCGCCAACAAAGACUGUCUCAAGUUCUACUACCAGUUUGCCGAAGUCGAAAAACUGUUGCAACCGCAGAGUAAGCUCUAGUCAUGUCAGUCACAAGAUCUCACGACAACGACUCGCCAGAUGCUAGCCUGAAGAGCUGGAUCACCGCAAGCAACCAUGCUACUCGAACCUACUAGGGUACAGACAGUUGUUGCCGGCAUAGGUACAGUAUCUGCUAUAGAGCGGAGAUCUUAAGCUCCAACCAGGAACUCUUCUUCCUCGUGCCUGCAGACGCUGCAGCGGAUCGUGACGACAAAAUGCUGUCAGGUACCAGCACGUUUAGCGUCUUCACUGACGAGUUCACGGCUGUUUCAGAAUUGAACCUAUGAUUUUGAAGAUCACUAGCGAUGAUACUGAGGUGAUGAAGAUCUCGUUCUCGAUACUUCCUUAGACGGCUCAUCAAGCAGUGAAAAUCUGAAUGAUUUGAAAAAAAAAAUCCACAUUAAUCAUUGCUAUGGCUAAUGACACUACAUCUAGCUAUAGCAGUAUCGCCAUCUCCAAG